AUGCAUUUCUUUGAUAGUUCGGACGAUUCCGUUAAUAAAAUUAUCGAUGAAUUUGGAAGACACCGAUUGCAUGAUGUUUUGGAAGAGAAUGAAGACGAUAUAUUCGUUCGAUUUACAAAUAACUCGAGCAACAUAAAUCGUAACAGAUAUUCCUCAAUUGGUAGCACUGCUUCAUCCCUAGACGCUCUAUGGGACGCCCAUCCACACCGAUUGAGCGAAGCUGGGCUCAGCCGGCACUCAGAUUCUAGCGCAAUCCUCACAGAGGAUACCGACAGUUUCAUUAUCGGCCAAAGAGUUUGGGUUUCCGGCACGAAACCGGGCCACAUCGCUUUUAUUGGCGAAACCCAAUUCGCACCAGGAGAAUGGGCCGGUAUCGCUUUAGACGAACCUAUUGGUAAAAACGACGGUUCCGUGGGCGGCACGCGAUAUUUCCAAUGCGAGCCCAAGAAGGGCGUAUUUUCGAGAUUGACCCGACUCACGAGGGAACCGCUGGAAGGUGCUAGUCCGGCGCACACGCCUUCCCCCGUCAACGUCAGAAGGAGCCCGGUUUCCCCAACGGGCAGCACCAAGGGCCUGAUGAGGUCUCCGAUAUCAGUAGCUGGUUCUAAUAUAAGCCUGUCGUCGGCUGUUUCGCACGCCAUAGAUUUCGGAAUUGGCGAUAGAGUUAUUGUUAAAAGUAGCCAAGGUUCCAAAAUCGGCAUCGUCAGGUAUAUGGGUGCUACGGAAUUCGCGCCCGGCGAUUGGGUCGGAGUCGAAUUGAUAGAACCUAGAGGCAAAAACGAUGGUUCUGUUAACGGAAAAAGAUACUUCGAUUGUCGUCCAAAUUUCGGUCUUUUCGCGCCGGUAAAUAAAGUAAGCAAAUCCCCUUCGAAAGUAAAGCCUUGCGAAAUUCACGGCUCCGCAGGCUUACCGCCUUCGGGCAUUAGAAGGGUGAAUUCCAAGGAGUCCCUGUCAUCGACCAUGUCGAUUACGAGCGCCACGUCGACAGCUAGAAGGGUAAGACUCGGGGUGACGUCGCUAAGUCCCAAGAAAUCUCCUCCAAAAUCGGCAAGUACUCCGCUUCCAACGAGGACAGCUUUGCAGGAUGUAUUGAAAGAAAAACAGCAACACAUUGAGCAGCUUUUAAAAGAACGGGAAGAAGCCGAACACAAAUUAACCAUGGUGGAGCAGGAAUAUAAGAAGUAUCGAGAUGAAAAUGAGAAAAGCGCCAUCGAACCCGCGCAAUUAGUACAAUUACAACAAACCAUUAGCCAGCUAACUUCCCAGUUAGAAGAAGAAAAGCGGAAAAAUGAAGACCUUCAGUUUAGAUUAGAGGAAGUAUCGAUAUUUAAAGACGAAUUGCAGGCCAAGUUCGAAAGCGAUGCUACCAAAAUCAAAGAACUGGAAGAGGAGCUAACCCGUGAAAAAGAAAAAACUGAUAAUUUUGAAAACGAUGCCAACAAGCUAUUCGAAGCAGAAGAAAAUUUGAUAAAGUACAAAGAAGAGAUAGAUCUGUUAAAGCAACAGCUGCAAGAUUUUAAAACCAAGGAAAUCGCUUUGGAAGGAAACCAGGCUACUGUGUCAGUUCUAGUAACGUCGUUACAAAAAGAAUUAGAUCAAUACAAAAUCGAUCUUUCGGAAAAAACCGAUAACAUUAAUGUUCUGAAGCAGGAAAUUACCAAAAUCACUCAAGAUUUCAACAAAGACCUACAAGAAAGCAAGCUGAAAUACACCGAAUUGGAAAAUCUCUAUAAAGCAAAAGAAGACGAAUUUAAUAGAAUAAAACAAGAGCUUUUACAAGCCAACGAGAUCAUCGAGGAAAAGUCAUCAACCAUAGCGAACGUGACAAACGACAAACUUACUGCUGAGACCAACAUGGAGAAAGAAAUCGAUAAGUUGAAAAUGGAGCUGAGUUCAAAAAUAUACGAUAUCGAAAAGUUCGAAGAAAUGUUGAAGGGUCAAGAAACUAGCACAAGCACAAAGGAAGCUGAAUUAGGAACCCUUCGGGAAACGUUGAAAAAUAAGGAAGUUGAAAUGGAAGAGCUGAAAAUUCAACUUGCCGGGAACUGCCAACAAUUAGAAGAAGUUAAUUCUAAACUUCAACUAAAGGAAAAGGAGUUAACUGAAAUUAAUAACCAGUAUGAUUCACUGAAAAAUAAUCACGAAUCUGUUUCAAACGAACUAGUCAAAACGAAGGCUGAAUUCGAUGGUAAAAUCGAAGAUUACAAUAAUACUCUACAAUCCAAAGGUGCCGAAAUUAAUCAAUUAUCUGAUGCCAUCAAACGCAAGGAAGAAGAACUUUCACAACAACUGGUAACUCACGAAGCAUCGAAAACAGAAAAUGAAAAACUGGCAAACGAAAUAAAUUCAUUAAAACUUCAGCUGGAAGACAUUCAAAAGACAUACCAAAUCACACAGAAUUCUAAAGAAGUAGAGCUUACGGACGUAUCAACUAAGCUUCAACAAAAAGAAGAAGAACUGGCUAAACAUCUAUCCGAUCACGAAAAUUUGAAAACCCAAUUCGAAACCAUAAAUACCCAAUUGCAGAAACUAGAACUCGAAUUAACAGAAAAAAAUAAUCAAUACGAAACACUGCAAACCGAAACAAAUUCGACCGUAAAGAAUUUAACCAGCACUCUAGAAGAUCGUGAAAAUCAUUACCACAAACUACAAGAAGAGCAUAAAAACACUUGUACCAAACUAUCAGAGAUCGAAUCGAUUUUAGAAGCAAACAAAAAAGAACACGAAAACUCUCUACAAACGCUCAAUUCAAACAUAAACGCCUUUGAAUUAGCUGUUAAAGAAAAAGAUGAGAUCAUACAAUCGUUACAAACAGAACUGAAAACGAUGAGAAUCGAUUUCGAUUCGGUCUCCAACAACUUGCAGCAGUAUCAGGCAAACAUGAGCGAUACAGAGAAGAACUUAAAGAAAGAACGAGACGAUGUUAUGGAAAUGUUAAAAUUGAAGGUUAAGGAAUUGGAAGACACCAAAGGCGAACUCGCUAAAACCACAACAGAAUCCAACAAAAAAAUCGAAAACCUCUCAUCAGAACUAGCGAAUCUAGAAGAAGUAAACAAAAACUUGAAAGAAACGAACGCGGCUUCGAAUAACGCGUUACUAGAAGCCCAUAACAAACAAAUCACCGAGCUACAACAAGCUAUAGAUAAACUAAAUCUCAAUGUUAAGGAGAAAGAAGACACAAUUAACGAAAACUUAAGUAAAUUAAAACAAUUCGAGUCGUUGAUAAAACAGAAAGACGAAGACGUAUUAAACAAAACUAAGGAGAUAGAAGAACUCAAAAACUCCCUUCAAGCUUCCAAUGAAGAAACCAAAAAACUAGCAAAAGAAUUAGACAAUACUAAAACCGAUUUAAACAAAACAACUACUCAGCACAAAGAAGAAUUCGAACAGCUCUCGUUAAAAUUAGCGAAUCUGGAAGAAUUAAACAAUAACUUGAAAGAAACCAAUGUAGCUUCCGAUAAGGCUUUAAUCGAAGCUCACAAACAGCAAAUUAGUGAAAAGGAGCAAGUAAUCGAAAAACUCAACAUUAACGUUAAAGAAAAAGACGACAUUAUUAAUACCAAUUUAAAUAAAUUGAACGAACUCGAAUCGCUAAUGAAACAAAAAGAUGAAGAUGCUUCAAACAAAACGAAAGAACUGGAAGAACUCAGGAAUUCAUUGCAAGUUUCUUCCCAAGAAACUUCCAAACUAGCAAAAGAAUUAGAAGACACCAAAAACGAAUUAAUUAACAUCACUGCUGAGUACACAGAAACCAUUAAAAACCGGUCAUUGGAAUUAGCGAAAUUAGAGGAAGUGAUUCAAAAGCAUAAAGAAGCGAAUAAUACAACCACCAAUGAAUUAACAGAAAUAAUAGAAACGCAUAAGCAGGAAAUCAGCAAUAAGGAAGCAGCUAUAGAGCAACUCAAUGCAACUAUAAAAGAAAAAGACGAUAUUAUUAACGCUAACCUAAGUAAACUAACUGAAAUAGAGUCGUUAAUUAAACAAAAGGAUGAAGAGGAUUUAAGCAAAACGAAGAAAUUAGAGGAACUCCAAAACUCCCUUCAAAAUUCCUCACAAGAAUCCUCCAAACUGGCAAAAGAUUUGGAGCUAUCCGCCAAAGAAAACCAGGAAACCCACGAUAAAAAUAAGGAACUAGAGAAAUCGGUAAACGAUACUAAAGAAUUGCUAAAAACCAUGGAAUCCGAUCUAAUGAAAAAAACCUCCGAAGUAUCAGAACUAACCGAGCGAUUGCAACAACGAGAAAAAGAUUUAGAGACAUCCUUGAAUGAUUUGAAAAACUACCGAGGCGACAAGGCCGAAAUGGAAUCCAAUUUGAUGAAAGAAAGAAACGAGUUACUGGAUACACUGAACGUAAAAAGCAAAGAAAUCGAAUCGAUCACCGUUGAUUUUAACAGCAAAAUAUCCCAAAUGGAAGCGAAUUUGAACUCUGCGAACGCCACGAUUUCCGAAAGAACCAAAGAGAUAGAUUUAUUAAAGAAACAGGUCGCCGAAAUCACUUCAAAUAACGAAAUCGCUAUGAAAAACCUUAGUGAGAAAUAUACCAAAGAGUUCAACGAUUUCGAAAUUCGCGUGUCGGAUUUAUUGACCGAAUUGGAAAAUAAGGAGACAGCGCUGAAAAUUAGCGAAGAAGCCGGUAAGAGUAAAAACAACUCUGAAAUCCAGGAAUUGCAGAAGAAAUUGGACAAGGCGACGUCGGAGGUCAUGCAAAAGGAUGUGCACCUCGGUUUGCAGAAAAGCGAAACCUCUAAGCUAAAAGAAGAGUUAAAUAAGUUGCAAGCACAGUUAAACACUACGAAAUCUAAUGGUUUUAUGUCUGCUUCGGGAGAUUCUACAUCAGUACAAAUUAAUAACACAAAUGACAUCAAACAGCUACUGGAAGAGAAGCUGUUCGCCGAAAAUCAAGUUACCUUCUUGAACUCGAUUAUCGCCGAUAUGCAACGGAAGAGCGAAGAACAGAAGGCGAGAAUCGAAAUUUUAGAAUUGGGAUACAGUUCCUCCGCGGCUGACGAAUUAACACUACUUGGCUUCAAAGCUGGCACCAGACAGGCAGCUCCAAGAAUGUACUGUGAUAUAUGCGAGGAGUUCGAUCUUCACGAAACGGAAGAUUGCCCUACACAAGGAGAUGACGAGCCUAUCAAUAAUAAUGCACCCAAAAAGGAGAAACCAGCCCAGAGACCGUAUUGCACCUCUUGUGAAGUAUUUGGACACUCCACAGAAGAGUGCACUGAUGAUCAGGAAUUUUAA